AUGUCCACAACCCUGAUGGCCCGGUCUAAAGCCGCCGCAUCUGUUCCUUUUUCCGACCCAAUCUUCGCAUCAGUCUUUUCGCCUUCAGUCGUUAAACCACCCAAGCACCGUCGCCUGUUUGCCCCUCAGACCCUUGCAACGCUUCCGGAGAUACAGAAUGCCCUGCACCAGCACUUGAGAGUGCUUUUGGGAAUCGGCGACGAGUCUUUCGUUUAUGGAGUGAACGAGGUGGUGCCUCAUGCGGGUGCUCCCUUCCACGGUUACCUCGACUCCUGCCCCUCACUCGAUCAGCUUAGACAGCCAACAGCUACCGACCAUGCCGCGCAGGUUGCUAGGGAGGCAGUGUCUCCUGUGUGGGGGAUGCUGGCUGGGUGGCGGGCUACAGUUGGGCCUGAGGCAGUAAUAAAACUACUAGCGUCGGUCCUCAAUGAUUUGAUGACGGAGUUUGUAACCUGGUCCUAUGCCGGAGUCUAUCGUCAAGGGCUGCAUCUUCACCUUGAGUUCUGGGUAGAGCAUUUGUUUUCCAGGAUCGCGCGAAAUGUCCUUUGUCGCCUCGACGAGAAAUUGGAGUCACAGACUCUCCCUGAAACGGAAGUGCGGAAAUGGAAGGAUAUGGCCACCGCCCGACUCGGCGCUCUACGGGUCGACGAACUCUUCGAGGUCAUAGUGGACUGGGAUGCCACGGCACCUGCAAUCGAGGACUUGCGGCAUUUCACGACAAGUCCGACCACAAGAGGAUACUUGACGCACAACUUUGUCAAUGUCCUGCAAACACGUCUUCUCCAUCCGGGCGCAUCGACCAUCGAAAUUUUACAAUUUUACAUUUCUAUUAUCCGCUCUUUUCGGAUUCUCGACCCACGAGGAGUCCUCUUGGAUCGUGUCGCUAGAAGAGUCCGUCGCUACCUCCGAGAGCGAGACGACACUGUCAAGGUGAUUGUGACCGGACUGCUAGCUGACGUUUCGCCCCAAGAGGACGGACAGCCGCCAGAAUCCGAUCCAGACGUCCUCGCAGAACUCGCUCGUGAACUGACCAGUCCCACCGGUCGAGACCAUGCAACGGACGACAGCGAAUUCGACUGGAAUAAUAUGGACUGGGUCCCCGAUCCCAUCGACGCCGCUCCAGAUUACAUGAAAUCCAACAAAACCACCGACGUGAUUGGUAGUCUCGUCACAUUGUUCGAAACAAAGGAAGUCUUUGUCAGGGAACUUCAAUCUGCCAUGGCGGAGAGGCUGCUCAAAAAUAAAGCCGACUUCACCCAGGAGAUCGGUGUGGUGGAGCACUUGAAGCUGCGAUUCGGAGACUCUGCGCUGCAAGGGUGCGAAGUGAUGUUGAGAGAUGUUCUGGAUUCAAAGAAAGUGGAUAAAGUGAUCAGGAAGGAUUUGGAGGCGCAACAGGCCAAAAAAGGACGUUCUGCAAAGCAGAGGGACGACGAUGUCCAAAUUCAUGCGAAGAUCCUCUCGCGCCUGUUCUGGCCGGCCAUGCAGGACCACUCAUUUAAUGUUCCACCAGUGGUGACGGAGCAGCAGAGAUACUACGAACAGGGGUUUGGAGCUCUCAAGCAAUCACGAAAGUUGACUUGGGUCAAUACUGUUGGCCAAGUCGAGGUGGAGCUGGAGCUGGAAGACCGUACCUACCACGACGAAGUCCUUCCCUGGCAAGCGGCCGUCAUUUACGCAUUUCGAGAUGACGAUGCAGGGGCAUCGGGGCAGCCUGUCAAGAAGACUCUUACAGAACUUGCCUCUGAGCUCGCAAUGUCCACGCCUCUCAUUCGUUCCGCCUGCGUUUUCUGGGUCUCGAGGCGCAUCCUCACCGAAUCAUCGCCCAACACCUUUACUGUCCUUGAACGACUUCCUAGUGGCACCGGCGACGGCGACGACACGUUGAUGAGCGAGGGUGGGCCGUCUGCCGCCCAACAAUCAGACAGUGCUCUGGCAGUCGCAGAAGCCGCCGCUUUGGCGACCGCAACAAGGGAGGCAGAAGAAGCGGAACGCAAGCAGAAAAUGGCCAUGUAUAAUGCGUUUAUUGUAUCCAUGCUCACGAAUCAAGGGGCCAUGCCUCUGGCGAGGAUCUCGAUGAUGUUAUCCAUUGUGGUGCCGGGAGGGUUUCCCUUUAGUAACGAGGAAUUGAAAGAGUUUCUGGCAUCCAUGGUGAAAGAAGGUGCACUGGAGAUUGGCAAAUCGGGUGUUUACAAGGUUGCGAGAGGACUGGAAGAGUGA